ACCAAAUAAGCCGCUACGAUCCCAUUCAAUCGAUAGCAGCUGAGACUGAGUCAUUUGUGAUUUGGAUGCAAUAAUAUGUGACGCCUGCCCUUGUCCAGGCCGGUGACGACUGGCAAGUUACGCUGGGUCUGGGAUUGGCACUGCGCCGAUACGGCCUGAGCCGGGUCCCGGGAUCUACCCACUCACCACAAAAGCUCCAGUCCAUCCACAAGCUCGAAUUUAUCUCGUCUGCACCUUGAGUUGUCAGUGGAGCUGGAGCAAGUAUCAGCCUUUCGUUACAGGUAUUUUGCUUCAUUGCUUCAUUCCAGAGAUGAUGAUGGGUACAAACAUUAGGAUAGAUGAAACAUCUUGUGGUCAGGUUGUUUGCCAGCAUCCUGCCUGUUGGUAUUCCAAUCGACGAGUGGAAAGGGGUCUUCCAAGGACUCAAUACGUUGAACCAGAAGAUAAUGGAAAUAUCUCUGAUGAGGAACUUCCAACACUCAAAGUGCUGAACAUGCUUGGAGAGUAUGGCUAUGAUCCUGGCGAUCGCUACCCCACCCAGCAUCCGUUGCCAAGGAAAAGGCUUCCAAAACCGAGCAGCUUGGAUGAUGAUGAUGCGGGGAGAAGUCAUUCUGCCCCUGUUAUCCGUCAGCUUAUAGAUCAACCUCAGCAGAAUGUUCCUAGCUUAGCAGCGAAGCACAUGCCCUUCACGCCUCACCAGACGCCCAUCAAUCGAACACCAAUCGACCAAACCCCCACCCAGUCCCAAGGUACACCUCAGAAGGCCAAAUCUCCAGCCAAGCAACGUCCCACCAACAAGUCCGCUCCAGCCCGCACCGUGCCGUUUGGCUACCUGGAGUUUGUGAACGGGGUCAAGAAGGUGGACAUGAGGGAAUCUCUAGGGUUGGGUGGGGUCAAGCACCAGGGGGUGAUACCACAGAAUGGCAAGGUCUAUGUGUGGUGCCCCGGUCCUAGGGGAAAAGCUGAUACCUCACAAGAAAGGUCUCAAGAUGGUCCUACAAUAUUGAAGGUCAAACCUAAAGAUGUGACAGAGGAUAUGAUCCCAAGGAAUCUUGCCAAAAAUCAGAACAAGGAGAAGGGUCAAAAGCAGAGGAAAUCGCCAAGCUUCCAGACACCGACUGGAGGUAGACCUUACACCCAUCCAGCCAGAUCACCUCCUCCCCUCACCAGACGUACACUGCCUCAAGAUAUUGAUGAAGGAAUUGCACAAUUACUUCAGUUACCAAGAGAUGUUUUACUUGAACUGGUAGAGCACACCAAAGAGAGCGAUCUUUUUGACAAGAACAAGGUGGCAAUGCUCCUAGAGAAGCUCAUGCCUCACAUCCACUUUGAGAAGAAUGAUGUUACCCAGCAGCAUCCACCUCCCCUCUUGCCAGUCAAUACCCAAGUCCCCUCCCAAAACGUUGCACCAUCAGCACCCCUGCACUCCAGUGGAAUACUCCGGCAGAAGAAGGUGACGCUAUUGGACAGCCGUGAUAAGAGGGUGGAUCCUGUAAGGGCCCCACCCCCUACAAGGAGUAUGCCAUUCUUCUUGGAUGAGAGCGGGAUGUCGGGAAUCACUUCCUCUUCCUACACAAAGCGAGAGAGGCCGGAUCAUCAGGUAGACGAGGAUCGGGAGACAACAUUGAUAUCACCAACAAUAGCCUCAGAAGAGUUGACCAAGAGGAAAACACUUGGACCAAUCAGAGGUGCUGCACCAACCGAGAUGUCCAAUUACUCGCGACGUAAGAUGACCUCUGUCUCUGCCAAGAGCUUGCCCCCUCUACAGCCUGGUGUGAGGUCCAUCAGACCUUUCAACUACACUGCUCAGUCAUUUGAUCUUGCGCUCAGUCCUCUUACCACGCCCGACUACGAGCCUUCCGAGAAGUCAUCUAGCCCCUACUCUGGCAGAGCAUCCACUGUGUAUGUCACCGUCCCCAGCCACCUGUCUGGCCACACCCCUCCCCAGACGCCAUGCACAGUGUGUGAGCGCACCCCCAUUCCUCCCAUACCAACAAGGUUAGGGUCGGCGCACUAUUCAACCAUCUCCACCGUACCAAGCGACGAUUUUCCGGAGUUGCAUUGGGUUGACUUUGAGAAUGCAAUUCGUGAGGGUGCUCCAACCCAUGUUUUUCGAGUACCGUAUGCUAUGUCAGAUGAAGUUAAACAAGGAAGUUAUCCUGAUGACUCACCAUCAGUUAAUAAAGUCCUGGACCAGGUGAAUAUAGUCAACCUACCUCCUGGCAGUACAAUAGCACCUUCCUCGGUAGAACCGCAUACCCCUGCAGCAGGCGACGAGGCUGAGCAACACAACGUCCCCCAAGAUCGACCCGUAGGAACUGCCAGUACAGACACCAGAGGCACCUAUUCUGUACAGAGCUCUGCCAAGCCACCAGAAUCCAACACUCAUUACGAUGCUGCCACGAGUGUAAUGGCACAAGCAUCGGAGAAGGCCAUAGGGUCACCACUGGCUCUGGAUACCCCGCUGCCAACGGCACCAACGCCGGAGGUGUGGCCUGUGGUGGAUGAGAGGGAGUACAUGAAUUCGCCUGAGCGGAAGAAUGACAGGUUGUCCAACAAGAAGAUUGAUAUGAUCCUUGCCCCAGUAGCGCCCCCGCCUUCCCCAGAACCGGCUGGUAUGGAUGUUGACUAUGACAUCCAGGAAAUGAGCAACAAGAGUACUGCGACACCUUCUCUGACACCUCUGGCAGAAGAGGAAGAGGAGGAGGAGGGGGAAGAGGAUGAAGAUGCUGGGGCUCCUAGAGCACACCAGCAGCUUGUCAAUAGUCCUGUUGAACAAGUGGCUGGUCAAGCCAAGGAGGUGGAAAGCGAAGAGACUAAUGUUGCAGAUACUGAGAGGACAGGUACCCGUUCUGGAGAUCAAGAAACUCACAAAGAAUCUGUCCAAGAGGAACAAGUAUCCAAAGAUCAGAAUCCAGAAGCAGAAGGGCAGGACAAUGUUGAUUCAAACCUUGGGCAGGAUUCCUUAAAACCUCUAAUGGAGGAAGCUGCUGAAGAUGUCCCAGUUGCCUCAGAUAGUAACCAAGCAGAGCAAAAACAACCUGAUCAGGAGAGCACCAAACAAAAUAACACAGAUGCAGAGUCACAUGAACAAAGCAGUAAUGAUCAAACUGCACCUACUUGAACAAGAUGCAACUGAUCAAUUUCAAGAGACAUUCUUAAUAGUAAAUGGUGAAUAUUUUCAAGAAGAUAUUUUUAUGGUAUUGAAUAUAUUUUUGCAGAAAUAUGUGAUAAAUACAUAUGAAAACCUUAAUACUAACUGUUUGACUCUUUUGAAAUGCUAUUACAAUUGCCGUACAUUAAGUUUUUUCCUAUUUUUUGUAUUGAUUGCUCUCCAUUAUUGCUGAGCAUAUACUUACAAAUAAACUGUAUUAAUUCAUUCAGGAAUUAAGAAGUAAAUUCUCCAUAUGAAAUAUUUUAUUACUUUUAUUAUUGCAGAUGUGCAGCAGUAUUUAAUAAAUUUGUAUACGGUAAUACCGCUAUGUGAGUCUUCACACGAAAUUGAGCAUUGCGUACCUCAGUACCGAGAUGGCAGUAGGCUUGCCUCAUGGCAAUCUUUCUUAUUCUUUCCUGGAUCUAUAAUCAUUGUCAGUUGUCAUAUUAGUUCCAGUUAAAGAUGUUUUAAGGUAUGAAAUUUCUGUUUUCAUUGACUUCACACAUAAAGUAUGUAUUCUGUAAUACACUUGCCUGUUUCAAUGCAAAAUAGAGUAAAGAUCUUUAAAUGAAGUGAGCUUGUGUUGUAAUGUUCACUGUACAUCUAAACAGCACUAGUUGAUGUAAUAAGUUUAUUUCAUGGAUAUCAAUUUGAACUGCCUUCUCUAUUGCUUUAAUUUGGUUUGUAUGCUACCAGCUAUAUCCUUACCAGGGGGAGGGUGUUUUACAAAGAGUUAAGUAUGACUUAAAGUUCACACUUAAAUGUCCAGUUGCGUGCAGAAUAAAAGGCAUCACCGCACUGGUCCAAUCAUGCUAGUAUGCUAAUCAUAUUGAUAAGAUUGCACAUGGAAUAUUUAUGUGCGCAUCAGCUCUAAGUAUUAAUUUAAGUCACACUUAAGUCUUUGUGAAACACCCCCCAGGUAUCCAUUACUACACCAUGGGGGUGUUUCACAAAGAUUUAAGUAUGACUUACAGUCGCACUUAAAUACCAAGUUGCAUGCGGUAAAAAAGGCUUAAAACACAUUGUUCAGAUUGUGCCAUGAGGACGCGCACUACUUCGUAUCAAUCAAUAAGAUUGCACGUUGCAUAUCACGUACGCGUCAGCGUUUAAAGGCCACCACACACCUUACGACUGUUCGCGAUCUGAUUUUGGAACAAAUCGCAUUUUGCUCAUUUUCUGAAAAUUU